AUGGCACUAAAAUUGAAGUUCCCCAUUCAAACAGAUUGUAAUUAAUUUGAAAUAAUUUUAUUAUGAUGAAAUAAUUCAAAUUAGUUUCAAUUAAUUUUGAAGUGAUACUCAGUAAAUUAUUUUAGAUGGUCAGUUGUGUUCAUACUGGAGAUUAUUUAUGCUGAAAUAAGAAAUGCAGAAAAAAAAUAUAUUUUUAAUUAAAAAUACUCUAGUAUUUAAAGAUUUUAUGAAGCCAACCUAUGUUUAUUCAAAUCCUGUACUGAGUCUUCUGAGCUCUAACUCAACUUAGAGUAGUCCAAUGACUACAAGUGAAUUGAAUGAUUCAAUCGAAUACUAUAUGGACUAAAAAGACUAUCAGACUGAAGUAGAAAUAGUUAAGUAUCUGCAUGGUUUGGGAGUGCGGACAAAAACAGAUCCUUUGAUUAAAGAAUAACAAUAUUGGAAAGAAAGAAAACAGAAGAGUUAAAUAAUAUCAGAGACUAUUGUCAACUCCUCUGAAAGGUUAGUACUAAAUCCAACCGUAAAUCGAUUGUUAAGAAAGAAUGUAACAUAAAUACCAAGGAAUUCAAAUAGUCCCUAUUUCUUACUGGAUUAAUUAUGAUU